ACCUUAAAAGUGGUUUUUCCCUAAGCCGUAUUAAUUAACUAAGCCCGUGUUUGGAAAGUUCCCUUUACGUUUAAGCAAAAAAGUAAGAAAAUAUGGUUCAUAGUAUUAGUACAAAUCAAUGAAACCAUUAAUCACUCCCAUCAAACGCGGUUCCGUCCGUCGUUUAACAGUUUCAACUUAUCUGUCUUUCCCAUACGAAAUUUCUUCUUUCAACCAAACACACGCCACGCGCACGCGCACGCGCACGCGCUAAUAUUACCCACGGUUUCAUUUUAAACAAUUCAUUGACUUCGUAGUCUUUCUUCUCACUACUACUUCGUCUUCUCUUCUGAACUGAAUCUCACAAAAAACAAGAAAAAAUAAUAAUGAACAAUUUAUUCACCGGUUCAUUUUCUCGCUUCCAUAGCGAAGAAGUCUCACCGGAUCGCCACCAUGUGAUUGAGAUGACAGACGGUGGCGGAGCCACCGGAGGUAGAGUAAACCUGGACAAAUUUUUCGACGACGUAGAAGGUGUAAAAGACGAUCUAAAAGAGCUUGAAGUAAUUUCACAUAGACUCGAAAAGAGUCAUGAACAGAGCAAAACGGUUCACGAUGCUAAGGGAGUUAAGGAAUUGCGUUCUCGUAUGGACGACGAAGUUUCGGUGGCUUUGAAAAAAGCGAAGAUGGUGAAACUGAAAUUGGAAGCGUUGGAACGAUCUAAUGCUGCGAACCGGAAUUUGCCAGGGUGUGGACCGGGUUCGUCUUCGGACCGGACGAGAAGUUCUGUGGUCAACGGUUUGAAAAAGAAGCUUAAGGAUUCUAUGGAGACUUUUAACCGUCUCCGUGAACUUAUUUCUUCGGAGUAUAGAGAGACUGUUCAACGCCGUUAUUUUACCGUUACCGGCGAGAAUCCUGAUGAUAAGACGCUUGAUCUGUUGAUUUCCACUGGCGAGAGUGAGACCUUUCUUCAGAAAGCCAUUCAAGAACAAGGCAGGGGAAGAAUUAUUGACACAAUCAAUGAGAUUCAAGAGAGGCAUGAUGCUGUCAAAGAGUUGGAGAAGAGUCUACUGGCGUUGCACCAAGUGUUCCUUGACAUGACAGUAUUGGUACAACUUCAAGGUGAGCAGUUGGAUGAUAUUGAGAGCCACGUGGCAAGGGCGAGCUCGUUUGUGCAAACUGGAACUGAGCAGUUACAGACUGCAAGGAAGCACCAGAAAAACACAAGGAAAUGGACCUGUUAUUGUAUUAUACUACUUCUGAUCAUCGUCUUGUUUGUGGUUCUCUUCACUGUGAAACCGUGGCAACAUAGUGGUGGCGGUGGGGGUAAUCAGCCUGCUCCAGCGCAAACAAACCCUUCUCCUCCCCCUCCUCCAACUCCUACUUAACCUUAGGGAUUAAGAGUAUCUGUCUAUAAACUGUUACAAAUAUUGGUUUCAUUAUGUUUUUAGGAUCUGGGAAGGGCGUGACUAACAUGGAUUGACCAAUAGUUUUAUUAUUUCAAUCCAUGGAAAGGUUGGAUGAUGAAUGUGGGUCUUGAAUUUGGAAAGGAAAUGGUUGAUUGGUCUGUCGAGGUGGAAUUUUGGAAUCAUUAUUUUGAGUAUCAUAUUCUUUUUCUGUAAGUAUAAUGUUGGUCUGAAUUUUGAGUUUUCGAUCAGUUGCUUUUCUUGCUGACUGAUAUUUUUGUGAAAUACUUCCUAGUACAAUUCUCUUAAUAAAUCAUCUUCUUUGCUUUUACAAAUUUGUAAGGAUACUAAGGCAGCGCAAUGUUGCAACUAUUCCGAAGCGAUGAAUAUGUUAAUUUUGUACUAUCAUAACUGUAUCUUCAAUUAUGAGGUAAAAUUACAACAUUUUAUAAGUAGUUUUUUUGGAUA